AUGGGAGGGUUUGAAGGUCAUCUGUUCCCUGGCCUGUCCUUCUUUCUCUAUGGACUUUAUCAUGCAGGACUUCUCUCCAGGGCCAUGAUAUGCAAGUCCCCUGUCCAACAUCCACCUCGCCGUCCUUGGAGUAAAGGAAGAUGGACAACGUUACGGCAAAUGUAUUAUAUCGGCUUUCUGAAGAUAUUGUGUUCUUGCAUUUUAGUAGCCCAAGAGUUGAAUAGCAUAAACUGGCAAUUGGUACUCAUCAGCAAGAAGCAUCACCAGAGAGACUUCAUGUUCCGCAAGCAGUGGCAGCAUCUCACCCUCUACAUGUCCUUCUUUCUGAGUGGGUGUGCAGACGUGGUCAGCCAGAACCUGCUGCCCAAGAGGUGUGUAGUUCUGGAGCAGGGCGCCCAAGCACUGAGCGUGUGUCUGUCUUUGCCCCUGAUGGUGUCUCAUUUGCAGGACACAGAAGGAGUGGAGCUGCAGGCUCACAUGCUGCUCAUUCAGGCCAUGUUUCUAUUGGCCCUUGUGGUGACGGUAGAGCUGUGGGCUCCCAACAUGCUGCUGAUCUGGAUGCUGAAGGCCUUUCUCUACCUUGUCACAGGCUCCUGGCUGAUGCAGAUAGGCUUCAUGCUGUACAAACCAGUCUCUAGCUAUAGAUGGAUGGAUGACGACAAAAAUGACAUAGCGUUUGCCACCACUUUCUUCUGUUGGCAUGUGGCCUUUGGUGCCAUCUUGAUGAUCUGGAUCUACGGCUUCUCCACUUUAUGGUAUUGUCACCUUGGUACUGAAGCCUAA